AUGCAGGCGACGACGAACGCAUCACUGUUCCAGACCUCGUACUCGGAGGCGUUGGGUGUGUACCGCUCUCGCAAAGCCGUCCACACCUCUGGCAUCUCCGACCCCUCGACGUGGGGGCGAUACGGCCACGCGAUCCAGCUGAAUCCUCGCUUCGAGUCGGCGGUGGUACGAGACGCCGCGCAGCUGGCUGAAGAAGGCGCGGGCGCAGACGGGGGGCCGUACCGCGUUCUUGCUCUGCGCGUAACGACGCAUUCCGAUGGAGCGUGGAUAUGGACGGCGGAGGCGGGUGGGGUGGUUCGACAGCUGGAUGCCGAAUCCGCACAGCAGGUGCAAGUCUUCCGCGGCGCCAAAGCUCCCAUCCCCGCAUUUGACUUUAUCAACACUGCGAAGGGGGAGCUGUUGGUGACGGGAUCGUGGGAUCGAGCAAUUCGCGUGUACUCCACCAAAGAUGCGCAGCUCGUGGCCGAGGUCAAGGAUGCAAGUGCGGACUUUAUCAAGGCGAUCCAUGUGUUUUGCUCAGCUGGUCGUACGUGGAUCGCAGCAGCGGGGAGCGAUAAGAGCAUCAUGCUGUACGAUGCCACCCCACUCGCAACUCGGGGGCAGGGGGGGCUGAAGUGCGUGCACAAGUACGCCGUGCACACUCGACCGAUCAAUGCGCUCGGCUCGCUGACGGCGCUGGAUGGCACGACGUACUUGUAUUCGGCCGAUUCGAUGGGCAGGAUUGUCGAGUCGGUCGUAUCGACGUCGUUGCGUCUGGAGCCCGUGCGCGAGAUGACGGGUUUCAGCACGGCCGUAUACUCGAUCCACACCAACUGGAGGCGCGUGUCGGAAGACACCAUCGGUAGCGCGGAUGGGUGGCUUGGCGAGGUGCGCGAGGACGAGGAUGGGGAGCGGUACCGUCUGGCUGCGCAAGUCUGGGCUGCAUCGGGCGACAAAUCUGCUGCUUCCUACAUGCUUUCCCCUUCGCUCCAACGUUCGGCGCCAAAAGCCACUCGCACUAUGCCACCGGUGGGAACACAACCGCCACUCCACCAGGCAUCCAGACUCGAGCACGCGGACUUUGUCAAGACCGUCCUUCCCAUCGGCGCCCUCCUUCCCCCCUCUUACCCGCUGGCUGACGACCUCGCCAAUGCCGUGGUCACUGCCGGUGCAGACGAGCACAUCCACAUCCACCCCGACCCCUCCUCACCCACAAGGAGCGCGGAAGGCCAUUGGCACGAAGUCACCGCACUCGCCGCAUGGAUCCGCCACCCUACCUCCGCACCCACGGCUGCACAAAGCCUACCCGAAGCUAGGGGGACGGAAGUAUGGAUCGUCUCCGCGGGCUUGGAUGGCUCUGUGCGGAGGUGGAAUUUGGCAGCAUUGGUAAAGGUGGGGAAACCGGAGUUGGUCGCGCCGAAAGCGGAUUCGAGAGAGGCAGGACAGUGGGACCAGAAUUCGCUCCCGCCAAAGCCGACCAAGACGCUCAGGAACGAUAGCACAAUGACCGCAGAGGAGGAGGCUGAACUUGCCGAGCUUAUGAGCGAUGACGAGUAG